AUGCCAAAGAAUCAGAAAGAGCACUCCUCAGGAAGACACAAAUCGUCGCGAUCCACUGGAAGAUCAUCUUCUCGUAAAUCGGACGAAGCGCGAGAGCUGGACGAAGGUACAUCGGCAUCAUCGAACGCAUCCGGUCCAAGAUCAACAAACAAAGUCUCUGGUGAUCGCAGCAGAAAGGAACGAAGCAGUGGAAGCAGCAGGGCAUCCAAGCCUGGUGCUAUUCCUGAAAAUGCAAUCAGCAGUUCUGGUGAUCGCAGCAGAAAGGAACGAAGCAGUGGAAGCAGCAGGCCAUCCAAGCCUGGUGCUACUCCUGAAAAUGCAACUAGCAGCUCUGGUGAUCGCAGCAGAAAGGAACGAAGCAGUGGAAGCAGCAGGGCAUCCAAGCCUGGUGCUAUUCCUGAAAAUGCAACCAGCAGAUCUCGUGAACGCAGAAAGGAAGGAAACGCUGCGAAGUCAUCCAAAUUUGGUGCUAUUCCUGCUGAGAAUAUCGGCAGUGUUGCAGCUGACGGAAAAAAGGAACGCAGGUCUAACCGAGCACCGAGACCAGGAGCUGUUCCCGAUGUUCGGAUGACUGAUCGAGAACGAAGAAAAGAAGAAAGAGCUGCUAGCUUGUCCAACCAAACACGAUCAACUUCCAGCACGGGGGAUUUGUUGGAGGCGACAACCGUGGAGGAUGACCCAGCAGGAGAAGCCAUGCAGCUAAUGAGACGAGAGUUUGAGCUAAAAGAAAAACAACGUCUAGAAGAAAUUGAACAGCUCAAUCGGCGACUUGAGGAUGCUGAGAGAGCAGAAAGAGAAGCAAACGAGGAAGCACAGCUAGAAGCACAGGAAGAAGCACAGCAAGAGGGGCGAAGGAAGCGAAGAAAACGCAAUUUCAUCAUUGUUAUAGUCUGCGUGGUUGUUCUCAUUGCCGUUGGCGCCAGUGCAUUUUUCGCUCUCAGCAAGACUGAAGCUACCGAAGAUUCUACGACUGCAAAUGACAACACCAAAGAUCCGACUAAAGCACCAUCAUCUGCCACAAAUGGUCCAACCGUAACUCAGCUAUACAACCCACCAAGUGAAGACGUCUGUCUAGCGAUCUCCAGGAAUCUAACCAUCGCGGGACAGGUGGACUUGGAUCAAAGCGAUUUUGACAUGGCCUUUGAUGUCACAUUGGAAACGAAUGGUGAUAUCACUCAACAAGAAGUCCAAACACUUUUGGAUGCCAUUCAAGCCUGGCUAAUGCCUUCCUUGGCUGGAUGUUCCAAUCAAACUUUCAGUCGCCGCGGACUUCUAACAACGAGCAACCAGUCAAUGAGCAGAGCUCCUGUUGCACAGCAUAGACACAGACAACUUGCAAUUGGGGAGAACCGUUUUGUCAUUUUUAAUGCCUUUGUCACGGGUCGAGAGGAUCCCAAUAUGGUCUGUACCGACACACAAGACUCGAAUCUAUGUCACAGAAUUGUGGUAAAAGUAACUGCCAUUUUGAAAGGGCCGGUCCAGCUGACGGACAUUGUCCUUCUGACCUCUGAUCAAGUAAUUGAAAAACUGAAGGAGGAAGAACAAGAUGAUGGCAACUUGAAAGAUCCCUUGGGAUUGGGCAACCCAUUCUCCGAGGUGCAGUUGAUUGAUAUUGGUAAACAAUCAGCAACAGCGGCUCCGGCUCCAGUGGUAGAGGCAACUUCGAAUCCUACACAAAUAUCAGAACAAGCCCCAAGCUCCUCACCGUCAAUUCUCACGCUACUUCCAUCAUUUAACCCUUCCAUUGCUCCCGAGACUGGUCCAACACCACCUUCAUCGGCACUUCCAAGUGUCGUGCCAUCAAAUACGCCAAGUGUACGCCCCUCAUCCUUACCUUCGUCGUCACCAACACUGGCUCCAGUAGUGGGCCCAACUCUCUCACCCUCAAGCGCACCGUCGAGAGUACCAUCGAAAGUACCAAGUUUGUCUCCAACAGCUACAGCGAGCAAAGUUCCCUCCGCAAAUCCAUCAAUUGCGCCAAGCGUGGCUAGAUCUUUCGCUCCAUCAAUCCAACCGAGCAAUGUUGCAUCUGGCAUUCCAUCAAUAGAGCCGAGCAUGGUUGCAUCGGGUACCCCAACAAUGGAGUUGAGCAUGCUUCCAUCUGUUGCUCCGUCAAUGAACCCGUCGCAACCAUGCUUGCAAAGCAACAGCGAACUCAGUAGCGGAGUCAGCAACUGGUUUGUUACAAAAUCCGUCGAGAACACAUAUGGUCCGAUUGGAGACUGGUGUUUUGGUCCUGGCGUGACCAGUAUGACUCAACUUUUCUCGCGUCGUUCCACUUUCAAUGAAGACUUGUCAUCCUGGGAUGUUUCUUCUGUGACCACCAUGUUUUACAUGUUCGAACAAGCAUCAUCCUUCAAUCAAGAUUUGUCAUCCUGGGAUGUUUCUUCUGUCACAAAUAUGGAAGGGAUGUUUGGGCGUGCAUCAUCAUUCAAUGGAGACUUACUGUCUUCCUGGGAUGUUUCUUCUGUCACAAAUAUGAAAUACAUGUUUUGGGGGGCAACGUCGUUCAAUCAAGACUUGUCAUCCUGGGAUGUUUCCUCUGUCACAGAUAUGGGAUACAUGUUCAGAGAUGCAUCAAAUUUCAAUCAAGACUUGUCAUCUUGGGAUGUUUCUUCUGUGACAGACAUGAGAUUGAUGUUCCGUUCGGCAUCAUCCUUCGAUCAGAAUCUUUGCGCGUGGGGCUCGCGCCUGUCAAGCAAUGCCAACGUUCAAGCCGCGUUUUUGAGCGCCACCAGCUGCCCGUCGCAAUCCGAUCCAGACCUUGUUGCGAAUCGACCAUCUUCAGUUUGUCACUUUUGUGUCUACCGGUAA